GGAGUAUGGGUAUAGGACAAUCCGUAUAACUGUUAACUGCCACUUUCAUUCACAUUUUACUUAAAUUAUUUCUUCCUCACUAAACACAAAAUUCUACUCCCAAAAACAAACAAAAAAUCCAACUUUCAUACACAAAGAAAAAGAGAAGAAAAUGGAGGAAUGUAGUAAUGGUGUAGGAAAUACUAAGAGAAAAAGAUAUUGUUAUUACAACAACACUAAUAAUAACAAUUAUAAUGACAGUAUUGAAGCAAGAAAUGUAAUGAUGAUAAGAAAAGGUCCAUGGAAAGCAGAAGAAGAUCAAGUUUUACUUAAUCAUGUACAAAAAUAUGGCCCUCGUGAUUGGAGCUCCAUUCGAUCCAAAGGUCUUCUUCAACGUACUGGCAAAUCUUGCCGUCUUCGUUGGGUUAAUAAACUUCGACCCAACUUGAAAAAUGGAUGCAAAUUUACAGCAGAAGAAGAGAAAGUAGUUAUAGAAUUGCAGGCACAAUUAGGGAAUAAAUGGGCAAGAAUUGCAACACAUUUACCAGGAAGAACUGAUAAUGAUGUCAAGAAUUUUUGGAGUAGCAGACAAAAGAGAUUGGCUAGAAUCUUAGUGUCUCAAUCUCCUACACGUUCAAAUAAAAAGCAGAAAACUUCUGCUUCUUCAACCACCACUACUACUACUUCAAGGGAUCGUGCUCAUUUUCUCGAGGUCCCCAAGAAUUCUUUAAUGGAGGGAGAAACAUCAUCACCUAAAGCUCAAUCUCUGGAGUCAUCCUCUCAUGGCAGCACAGACACAAACACCAUGCAAAUGAUACCAUUUCCAGCAUCAGUUGAGCAUAAAUGUCCAUCUUUUGAAGAUAACAACUUUACCUAUCUGGAACCAAUUGCCUUAAACACAUACUACAACAGCAUGGACUGGCAACUUCAAGAAAUGAUAUUCCCCUCAAUUCCCCCCCUCCAAACAGACCUUUCAUUCGUCCCAGAAACUCAGGAACUCAUAGACAGGCUUGACUCCAGCUUUUUUUCUCCCUUUGGAUGCACAGGUUUCGGUGUUGGAGGUGGUAGUGUGAGCGCUGGCGCCCGAGUGAAGCUGGAGAAUGACAACCAUGCGACACCAGACAGUUUUUUCGAUGACUUCCCAUCAGAUGUGUUUGAUGAUAUAGAGCCAUUACCAAGCCCUUCUCGCUGGUAGAUUAGAAUUAACUAUUUAGUAACCUGUAAUAACUCUCAUGUUCUAACUUAGUUUUUACAGACUUUGUAGCUAGUUCUCUGUUAGUAGUUUAAUUAUUCUGUACUCGAAGAUGCUUUUGACUUGAAAAAC